AGCCAACACAAAAUAAAAAUAAAAAAAAAUAAAAAAAAAUAGAAUAUGUAAGAAAAAUCUUCAGAAAAAGGAACUGAUUCAGCUCACCUCAACAGUCAAAGUCGACUGUACUAAACAAACUAAAUCCAAUAACCCUCUAUUUUCUCUCUCUUCUUUCCUUUUUUUCGUGCCCUUAAUUAACACAAUCAUUUGUGUCUGUCUCUUUAAUCUCACAGGUAGGCUGCUACUUCCAUAUAUGCUGCUGCUGAUAUCUGUGAAUCUUUGGUGCUGUGACCAACUGGUGGAGCCAAAUGCAGAGGCAGACUAGGUCCAUGGAGAGAUCUAAUAGUAUGAGGGGGAAACGGAGCUUGGAUAGUGGUGGUGGUGAUGGUGGUGAUGGUGGUGGUGGUGGAGAUGAUGAGCAGCCGGAGCGAAAGCGGCCAGCUUUAGCUAGUGUGAUUGUAGAAGCCCUGAAGGUGGACAGCUUGCAGAGACUUUGUUCAUCAUUGGAACCUAUUCUUCGUAGAGUUGUCAGUGAAGAAGUGGAGCGAGCUCUGGCUAAGAUAGGCCCUGCCAGAAUCAGUGGGAGGGCUUCUCCAAAACGAAUUGAAGGGUCUGAUGGAAGGAACUUGCAGCUGCAUUUCAGAUCCAAGCUAUCACUUCCUCUGUUCACCGGAGGCAAAGUUGAAGGAGAGCAGGGUGCUGCAAUCCAUGUUGUACUGAUUGAUGCGAACACUGGUCAUAUGGUUAUAUCUGGACCUGAAUCAUCCAUGAAACUAGAUGUUGUUGUGCUUGAAGGUGAUUUUAAUAAUGAAGAUGAUGAAGAUUGGUCCCAAGAAGAGUUUGAAAGCCAUGUUGUAAAGGAACGUGAAGGAAAGAGACCGCUUUUGACUGGGGAGUUGCAGGUGACUCUCAAAGAAGGUGUAGGAACACUUGGUGAACUUACUUUCACCGAUAAUUCAAGUUGGAUAAGAAGUAGGAAGUUCAGGCUCGGCCUCAAGGUGACCGCAGGAUUUUGUGAUGGCAUGCGUAUACGUGAGGCAAAAACAGAAGCCUUUACCGUCAAGGAUCACAGAGGGGAAUUGUAUAAGAAGCACUAUCCUCCGGCCCUUACCGAUGAGGUGUGGAGAUUAGAAAAGAUUGGGAAAGAUGGAUCCUUCCACAAGAGGCUGACUGCUGCUGGGAUCUACACAGUGGAGGAUUUUCUCCGACUUGCAGUCAGAGAUUCUCAAGGACUAAGAACUACCCUUGGAAGUGGCAUGUCUAAUAGGAUGUGGGAUGCUCUCAUGGAGCAUGCAAAGACAUGUGUUCUCAGCGGAAAGCUGUAUGUUUAUUAUCCUGAUGAUGCAAGAAAUGUUGGUGUGGUUUUCAAUAAUAUAUAUGAGCUCAGUGGUCUAAUUACUGGAGAGCAAUUCAUUCCUUCAGAUUCUCUCUCAGACAGUCAAAAGGUGUACAUUGACACCCUUGUGAAGAAAGCAUAUGACAACUGGCAUCAGGUCAUAGAGUAUGACGGCAAGGCACUAAUGAAUUCCAAACAAACUAGACGGACGCGCUCAUCUCAGAAUGAUCUAUCAAUGAAUACAAUCAGUUAUUCAAAUCAUAUAGAUGAUAAUCAGUUGGCUCUACCUCGAUUGCCUGUUGCAGUUCCUACCGAGCAGGCAUUGGUGGAGAAUAGUGUAGCAGCUCCUGGAUAUAACAAUAAUCUGGCAAACAGAUUUCCUAAUCAGUCACAGCUGAUGAGUUCCAAUUCACACAACCAGUUUGAGAGCACUUCAUAUUCCCAACAUGGUCUAAUAAGUAGCAGUUCAGAACAAACUCAUAUUAUCGGGAAUGAUAAUAGGGCAGGAUUGGCUUUGGGUCCUCCACAAUCCGCUGUACCUGGAUUUCAGGUCAUGCAACAGUCUCAACCGCCCAAUAUUAACCCUUUUGAUGAUUGGUCACAUAACCAAAUUUCAGAGGACGAGAUCCGCAACAGGAGUCACGAGUUACUUGAGAGUGAUGAUAUGCAGCAGCUGCUAAGACUUUUCAGCAUGGGAGGUCAUGUGAAUAUGCCUGAUGAAACUUUUUCAUCAUUCCCAUCUUUCAUGCCCACACCGUCUAACUACAACAAUAGUUUUGAGGAGGACCGGAGUCGUCCUGGCAAAGCUGUUGUUGGUUGGCUGAAGAUCAAAGCGGCUAUGAGGUGGGGCUUCUUCAUUAGGAAGAAAGCCGCUGAGAGGCGUGCACAGCUUGUGGAGUUGGAUGACUGAGCUUCUGAUAGUCUUUGUUGACUAUAUUUGUUCGAGAAAAAAAAUGUCAGACAGCUCACUUGGUACAAUUUCUGCUAGAUUAUGAUAGCAUUACUGCGAGUAGCUGUUAAAUUAAGCCUGACCUGGUGCUUGUUAUUGGGAUGUAGCAGAUGUAGAAACAUCUUUUGUACAGUCACCUGUACAGUGAUUUGUGUAAUUCUUGUAACCUUUGUCUUUAUUAACUCCGUUAUAACUUUAUUUAGUCUGUUGCGAGCUUGAGAGUUUAUAGGUAACGCGAAGGUGUUGAUUGUGCUGUUUUCAUGCAUGAUGCACUUGUACCAAGAGAAAAUUCUAAUGAAGAACUUAUUCUCUAUAGUCUAUAUAGUCCUGUAUUUUCACUAAAAUGAAGUUUGUGAUAUUAACUUUUGGUGGGUA